AAGUUGUGAAUAUUAGCAAGGAAAAAAAAGCCGAAACCAUUAAUCUUAUUCAAGCGAAAAACCUACUCGAAGAAAAAAAAAUAAUUUUGGAAAACAUCCCUCACCCCGAGGCCGAAAAAAUCCAAAAGAUCUUGGAGGAAAAAGGGGGACUAGUAGAAAUCAAAGAAAAGUAUUUGGGUCUUAAUCGUUCUCCGCUAUUCCAAGACUUACCGAACAAAGAUUUUGGGGAAGAACAAAAAUUAUCAUAUGAUAAUUUUUUCCGCACUGGUCUUGACCAGUUGUUUGCGGCUUAUUUUCCGGCCGAGUUUAUUAUGCGGUUUCCUUGGUUUGGUUCUGGGACUGAACUUGCCGCAAAAUUCAAAUUCCGCUCUCGGGCGACGAGAUUGGCAACGAUAUUAAGCAAUGGGUCGAAAAAAGUUUCAAAAUCGCGACAAGAAAAAAACUUAAUUGUCGAGUUUCAGUGUGUGGGCGAGAAGAAAAUAGAUUUUUGCCAGUUGCCUAAAAUCACAGCCCACGGCAAUUUUAUCAUCAAUGGUCAUGAUAAAGUAGUAGUUUUUCAGUCUGUGCGGGCUCCCUCGGUUUAUUUUUUUACUGACGAAAAUCAAGAAAUUUACGGGGAAAUUAUCCCUUUUAAAGGUCCCUGGCUUAAUCUUUCAUUUAAUAAGAAAAAAAACGGUAUUAUUGAGUUAAGAUUUCUUAAUUCGGGAACUACUAUUAACUUCUUGGACUUAAUGAAAACUUACCAAAUAACCCCGGAGGACCUAGAUAAAUUAUUCGGUCAAGAUGAUUUGAAUAAAGAAGACUAUCCUAACGCUCAAUCUCUCGAACCGGGUGUUAAUUUGCCUCAUUUUUUAUUUAACCAGCCCAAUUCUUACUUUGUUUUUGGUAAUUUAGGGCGGAAAAAAUUCAACCAAAAAUCUAGUCUAUGGCGGCAAGUAUCAAGACAAAUCUUAGCCGAAAAUUUAUACGAUAAUGAGGGGAAUUUAUUACUUACACAUGACACCAUUCUCAGUGAAAAAAAUCUUGAUAUAUUAUCCAAGGCUUACCAAGAAAAGAAACUUGUUCCUCCCUUCUUAUCUCCCGAGAUUAACGAUUUAUACCUUCUAAAAAUAAAAGCCCCUUGUCAGCCUCAAAAAACAAUUCCC